AUGGCUGUGCUGGCGCCGUUCAUCAUUAUUGGGAAUUUGUUCGUCAUCUUUGCCGUUUACAAAAACUACAAUCUACGAACGCCGACGAACUUUAUCCUAACAAACAGGUAUAUUGCAGUAACAAAACCGCUUAAAUAUCCUACAUUGGUUACUCCGAAACGCGUUGGUUACGCGAUAGCAUCCAUUUGGAUACUUAGCCUGAUCUUUCUCGUACUACGCGGUUACAUUGACCUAAACGAAGUUCAAAAUGCCAACCGCGGUAGAGAGCCGCACAGCCUCGGGUUCGUAAUAUUCAGCUUGGUCGUCGUCUCACUUUUGGUCCUUACACUGUUGGUGAUUGUCGUCUCUAACCUCCGCAUAAUGCAGAUCGCCGUCAGGCAGGCAAGAGCCAUAGCGAAUCAAACAAUCAACGAUCAAAAUAACUGCGUCGCACCGGCAGCGGUGGAGCGGAGGCUCAAAGCGGUCAAGACUACCGGCAUCAUAGUCGGUGUUCUUGUACAGAGUUUCGCAGCGCUCAACUCGAAGUAUUUCGAGCUGCGUCUAACAGGAUCAAGCGCCAAGAUCUCGUGUAGGCUCAAUCUGUAA